UGUAAGGCUGAAUCAAUUAGAGAGCGCAUGAGCGGCGGUGCAGGCGCAUGAGAGAGAGAGAGAGAGAGAGAGAGAGAGAGAGAGAGACUGCAAACACUCCACACACACACACACACACGCACACUUACAUACAUACGCACUGAGGAUUAGAAGCGCUCCAAAAGUCAGGAGGACCCUUACCAGUGCUCAGUGGAGAGUUGUACAGGAGUACUGCCAUUCAGCUUGUUUUGUUUUUUUUUUCUUUCAUCGAGGGAACACACAAAAGGAUUUUUAAAAAGAAAACCUUUGCAGUGGUUUUUUUUCCACGUCCAUCCACUUUUUUGCGUCUGAGCAGACUGCAGGAUUUCUCCACUUCUGAGUUUGAUGUUCACCCCAACUUCUCAACUUCAGCCCAGGGCGGAUUUACAGGCAUCUCGGAGUUUCCCAUAUGGUGUCCAGUCCGAGCUGAGGAGAGAAAAGCGGCUGGGCUCCAGCGCGCAGCUGGGGGUGCCAUCCUGCAUCUAAUGGCUAACACAUUCCCCACUCUGUACCAGCUUGAUUCCCAUUGACAUGGAAUGCGCCCGAGUAAAAUGGAAUAUCGUGCAUCUGGAGUCAUUUGCGCAGAUAAUAUACAUUUCUUCCACUUAUAGAGAAACAAUAUAGACUCCUCUGGAUGUUUGAAGUACAACAUUUUCAUAGCAGUGGAUGACUUCGGAUGUUUGUUUUUUUUUUUCUUCUCCUCUGAAGAGUUGUAGUGUAUGCUGCACUUUGGAGAGGAGCACAAGCACACGGCCACGUAUACGACCACUGGCUCCAUCUCUCUGAUUAAAGCAAUUUGUGCGCCCUGCAGACUUCUCUAUCUUUGGAUAAACUUUUCUCCUGGAUUCCCAUGGAGCAUGUGGGAUUAGGUUAAACACAAGAGAUAACGACAGAGGAUGGUAAAUUGUAACAUUCCUCUCUCAGCUGUUGCUCCAGAGUGUCAGGCGCGCAGAUUCGCGGCUUUGGGGUAAAACAGAUGCGCAUCUGCGCGUGGGAGGAAUGCAGUCGGUGGAGAGCGGGUGGAGGUGGGGGAGUACGGAGUGAGGGUCUGUCCGAGAUCCGAGCCUUCCUUCGUCAGGAAAUAAAAACCACUCUCCAAUCCCGUCCCUUUGGGCUCGAGCGGGAUCACUGUGCGCGGGAUUGUUAAACGGAUAAGGAUUCCCAAACCAGUGCGUUAAGCGCCAAGAGGACAGAGGGCUCGUUUAAUUGCAGCUGGAUUGGCCAAGGACAAUUACUCCCAUCCGAGUAGUGCUCAAGCAAACGACACUAAGGGCAGUAAAGGAACACAGGCGACCCACCCCAACCACCCGCUGUUCCUUUACUGGGUUUAUACUGUCAGUACUUUAAAGUGGAUUUAUCUACCUCCAUGGAUGGAUGUGCUGAACACAACCUAAGCAAUAAUGUGGAUACUGAAGACACAUCUCCUUUUGGGGGUUGUCCUCUUCGGAAUAUUGCAAAAUGGGGCGUGUGAACUGCCUCCUCCGAUCAUCGUUUCGGAUAGAGGGGAGUUCGUGUUAGAGCUGCACUCCGUUUUUAACAUCAGCUGUACAGGGAAUAAGAGCGUCGUGUGGGAAGAACCGCUACCAGUUAACACACACGUGCUGCCCGGGUAUUACACCACUACGCUGCUGAUUGAUGGCGCCGCAGCUCAUCACACGGGAGAGUACACGUGCAUUUACAAUGACUCAGAUGAAGAGCAGCCAAACAUAAACAACAUGGCCAGCAUCUACAUUUUCGUCCCAGACCCUGAAGUUCCAUUUGUUCCUGACGAUCCGACAGAGGCCUCCCAGUUUAACAUUCCUUGCCGCAUUACGGAUCCGCAAUCUACUGUGAUUCUACGGAGUCUACCAAGUGGAGAUGUGGUCCCAUAUGAGUAUGAAGAGAAGUAUGGAUUUUUGGGCUCCUUUGUUCCUGGCCAGUACGUGUGUGAGACCGUUGUGAAUGGUGAGGUGGUCCGGAGCAUGGUGUACCCAGUGACAGACAGGCCAAAUGGGUCAGAUAUGUUUAAUGUGAUGGAGAACGAUUUCAGUGUGAAACUAACAGCCAGUCAAGAGGAGAUAAAAGAGGGGGAAGCUUUCAACCUGACCUGCACGGUUCCACCUGGUAGUCUCUAUGUCCAAAAAUGGUUGCAUCCCAGUAAAGAGGCUGUAGGUGCUAUUCAGAAGAAGGAGACCUACCCUGAUAAGGUUUUGUAUAUCCUCAGUAUCCCACAUGCCUCAACGAAUGACACUGGCUUCUACGAAUGCUCUGUCACAGAGCAGUCCAGCGGCAAGACCCACUCCUCCCAAGUGACCAUCACUGUCCAUGAGAGUUCUUUUGUUACUUUGGAUCACAGUGGGAUUGGAGCAGUAGAAACCAUCUCUCUCCUGGAGGAAGCUGAAUUCACCAUUUACAUCCAUUCCGAUGCUGUUCCCAAGGUCACGUGGUUCAAAGAUGACAAUGUAUUGAAUACCAAUUAUAUAACUGCCAAGACCACUCUUCUAGCAGACAAAAGGUACGAGAGUGUUUUGGUUCUGCGACACCCUGUAGAAGAGGACAGUGGAACAUAUAAGAUUUUAGCAUCAGCUGGUUCAAAGAGUAAAGAGUUCUCCUUCAAACUCUAUGUUAAAGCUGGUGAGCCCCAGAUAAUACAGUCCAUGCUGGCUCCGGUAAUCUGGCCCAGGGAAGAGACUAUGGUGGUGUUCCUUCACUCCAUGUUUAGACUGACGUGUCGGGGCCAAGCAGAGGUGGUGUGGGAAGGUCCCAUCCCCCUUGACAAGCAGAAAUUAGAUGACAAGAGAGGCCUGUUCGUCUCCACAGUGACUGUGGACAAUGCUGAGGCCACACACACAGGAGAAUACACCUGUCUCUACAAGAAUGAGAAUCAGACAGAGGAGAGCAGCAUCUACAUCUUUGUGCCAGAUCCGAACAUACCAUUCGUGGCCCCCCCACUGCCCUUUGGGCACCAUGUGCUGAAAAGCCCAGAGGAGAUGGAGGUUCCUUGCCGCGUGUCUGAUCCGAGUGCUCAAGUCACGCUGUUCCAUGUGGAGACUCAGCAGGCCGUGCCCGCCACGUAUGACAGCAAGAAAGGUUUUCUAGGCAACUUCACACCUGGGACAUAUGUGUGUCAGGCCCUUGUGAAUGGAGAAGAGCAUGAGAGCGAGGAGUACAUUGUCCAUGGCUGGACAGGGGGCUCAGGGCUGCAUGUAGAGAUGAAGGCGGAGAAGAAAGCUCUGCUGGUUGGGGAAACCCUCAUAGUAAACUGUGUAGCCAAAGGCAGUGACUUGCUGGAUCAACAAUGGAAAUAUCCUGGAAAAAUGGCGGAUCGUGCUAAGAUGACACUAAAGGAGAACAAGAAAGAUCAGGAGAUCUAUUACACCCUGACUGUGUCUGAUGCCAGAACUAAAGACAGUGGAAAUUAUGCCUGUUCCAUCACUGACAUUAUGAGCAAUGAGAGCCAAACCAAAGAGCUCACCAUUACUGUCUAUGAGAGGGAGUUUGUGUCUCUAGCUCCAAUGUUUGCCCCUGUGGAGACAGCCAAACUGAAUGAUGUUCGCGAGUUCCAAGUGGACAUUGAGGCUCUUCCUGCACCCAAGGUCACAUGGCUGAAGGAUGGCAUUGUACUGGGUGAUACUGCUGCAGAGUUUACUACCUCCCUUCGGACGAUCAGUGAGACAAGGUACCAGAGCACUCUCGCUCUGAUUAGAGCUAAGGCUGAGGACAGUGGCAACUACACGGUGCGAGCUCAGAUAGGCAACCAGAGCGCCAGCCACUCGUUCAACCUUCAGGUCAAAGUUCCUGCUGUAAUUGUGGACCUGAUGGACCUGCACCAUGGAUCAGAAACAGGCCAGGCUGUGGUGUGUGUUGCCGGAGGAUCUCCCGUCCCUGAGGUGGAGUGGUACAUCUGUAAAAACAUUAAACAGUGUUCCAAUGACUCAAACGAGUGGUCACCUCUUCAGACCAACACCACUGGCAUCACCAUUGAUACACACAUAGACCAGGACAACCAGUUGGAGAGUCAGGUGAUCUUUGGACAUCUGGAGAACACGCUGGCCGUGCGCUGUCUGGCACGGAACGAGAUGGUCGCUGUGUCCCGUGAGAUCAAACUGGUGGCCAAUGGUCCGCACUCAGAGCUCACUGUGGCGGCUGCUGUUCUGGUGCUGUUGGUCAUUGUCAUCAUCUCACUCAUUGUGCUGGUCAUUAUCUGGAAACAGAAGCCACGUUAUGAGAUCAGGUGGCGGGUCAUUGAGUCAGUCAGUCCAGAUGGGCAUGAGUACAUCUACGUGGAUCCCAUGCAGCUGCCCUACGACACACGCUGGGAGUUUCCACGUGAUGGCCUUGUCCUUGGCCGUAUUCUGGGCUCGGGGGCCUUUGGGAAGGUGGUGGAAGGCACUGCAUAUGGACUCAGUCGUUCUCAACCAGUAAUGAAGGUCGCAGUGAAGAUGCUCAAACCAACGGCUCGCUCCAGUGAGAAGCAAGCACUGAUGUCAGAGCUGAAGAUCAUGACUCACCUGGGCCCCCACCUCAACAUUGUUAACCUGCUGGGUGCCUGCACCAAAUCAGGUCCUAUCUAUAUCAUUACCGAGUACUGUUUUUAUGGAGACCUGGUGAACUACUUGCAUAAGAACAGAGACACCUUCCUGAGCCGACAGGGUGAGAAGGGCAAGAAGGACCUGGACAUCUUUGGCAUCAAUCCAGCUGAUGAGAGCAGCAGAAGCUACGUGAUCCUGUCUUUUGAGGAAAAAGGAGACUACAUGGAUAUGAAGCAAGCAGACACAAUGCAGUAUGUCCCCAUGUUGGAGAGGAGCAACGCCUCCAAGUACUUCGACCUCCAGAGAGAUGAUUAUGAUCACCCUCCCUCUCACAAACACAUCAAUGACAGUGAGGUAGAAAAGCUUCUCUCUGAUGACUCAGAGCGCUUGACCACAAUGGAUCUUCUCAGCUUCACCUAUCAAGUGGCCAGAGGGAUGGAGUUCCUGGCCUCCAAAAAUUGUGUUCACAGAGAUUUGGCAGCUCGAAAUGUCCUGUUGUCUCAGGGGAAGAUUGUGAAGAUCUGUGACUUUGGGCUGGCCAGGGACAUCAUGCAUGACAACAACUAUGUAUCCAAAGGAAGUACCUUCCUACCAGUAAAAUGGAUGGCCCCUGAGAGCAUCUUUGAUAACCUCUACACCACUCUGAGUGACGUCUGGUCUUACGGCAUUUUACUGUGGGAGAUCUUUUCUCUGGGCGGGACCCCUUAUCCUGGCAUGGUUGUGGACUCCAGCUUCUAUAACAAGAUCAAGAGUGGCUACAGGAUGGCCAAACCUGAGCACGCCUCCAGUGAUGUUUAUGAGCUUAUGGUGAAGUGCUGGAACAAUGAGCCAGAGAAGAGACCCUCGUUCCACAGUCUGAGUGAGAGUGUGGCCACCCUGCUGCCAUGCGGAUACAAGAGGAGCUAUGAGCGUGUAAAUAAUGACUUCCUGAAGAGCGACCACCCGGCGGUGACCCGCGUGCAGUGUGUGCAGAGCGAUGAGACCUAUUUGGGUGUGGCCUAUAAGAACCAGUGCAAGAUGAGGGAGCGUGAAAGCGGCUUUGAAGAGCAGAGACUGAGCUCAGACAGUGGCUACAUCAUCCCUCUGCCUGAUCUUGACCCCCUUUCCGACGAAGAAUACACCAAAAGGAACCGCCAUAGCUCUCAGACAUCUGAGGAGAGCGCUAUAGAGACAGGCUCGAGCAGCUCCACCCUUCCCAAGCGGGAAGUAGAGACUCUGGAGGACAUAACACUGCUGGACGAGAUGUGCCUGGACUCAGGGGAUCUGGUGGAGGACAGCUUCCUGUGAGAGUGAGACAUAGAGCUGGAAAGAGAGAAAGAGAGGAUGAGAGAGACCCUGUUUAGCAAUUCAUCCAAAAGGGAGGAGGAGAGAAGGGCUAAAAUGCAAGCAUCAGUACAAGAACUCGUCUGAAUAGCCCUUUUCUAUCUCCCACCUGUUCUCUGAACUCUUGCUCCCCUGUAUCAUCCACCUGCCCCUAGAAUCCUCAGAGGAAAAAAGCCUCUUCACUGCCUGGAUGUCCUGCGAAGGUCAUCUAUAAUUAGAGACAGCGUCCUCUACUGGCUCGGAGGACGGUCCGGUAAAAGACUGUAUGUGUACUCAAACUAUGAGGCAUAAGGAAAUAAUACAGAAUAUUAACAUUUUGUAUAGAACUUUAUUUUGUUGGGCAUUCAGAACAGUGAAUUAAGCAGGAACCUGAACGUACUAUUGUAUACUCCAUAACCAGUUGAUUUACAAAUGAGUCAGUCUGAGCUUUCAAUGACCACUACACCUGAACAACUGAACUGACCCGACGCAGUUUCUUUCCAUUCACAUUCCAUCCACAUCCAUUUCCCAGCAUAUUGCAUUAAAAAGCACAAACUUUGGACUAAAUAUAUAGAUCCUGUACCUGAUCAUACAGUAUAUCGUCUGUGACGCAAUAAGUGCAGCAGUUUGAAUAUUUUUUUUUUGUUUGUUUUUUUUUUGUUUUUUUUUUACAUAUUACUGAAUAUAAAUGUGUAAUAUUUUGUGAAUAUUGGGGAGGGAAGGGAAAAGUUUUUAUGUUCCUAAAUGAAGAAAACAGCAAUAAUACUUUGACUUUUGUAGGUCACACAAACCUCACACUAUUGCAAUUUUGACACAUUACAGUAAAACCGUACCAAAGCAUGGACCAAAGAUUAAACUGUUCAAUGUGUCAAGCAGAAGAUAUGGCAAUAUAUCAAGACUUCUACCAGUGUUAUAGUGCACAGGAACUGUGUUUUUACCCUGUGGCAGUGAUGAACUAAUCACUUCAGUGAGAGGAUAAACCUUGUGGUAGCUUAAUUGGCCUUUAAAGGUCAAAUGUUGACAAUAAGCUGGAACAUUUUGAUGCUGUGUAUAACAUAAUGUAACAUGUUCAUCUAUUUACUAUUUGAAUAAUCUGAACCUAAUGACAUAUUAUAUGGGCUGGUUUAGAUGUUUUACCCAAAGAUGUCUUUUCAUCCUUUAAGCUUUCUUUGAAAUCUUAAGACCUGUAGCACAAUAACUGUAGUGAUAUUGUAGAGAGAGGUAUAGAGAGGCAGAGCAAAACAUCUUAGCAAGGGAAAACAUCUCGAAUAUAGUCGUCUAAUAUUUCCUAUUAUAAGAUUACAAUAACCCAAACAUUAUUAAACCUAUUUCUAGACAUUUUCUACUAAUUUUAAGGUUUAAAUUGUCUUAUUCUUUUGGCAGAUCAUUUUGCUUCUUGCUAGACAUACAUAAAUGCUUAAAAUUAGAAAAAUGAAAAUGUGAAAUUAGUAAACAAAAGAUGUCUAGAAAUAGGUGUAAUACUCUUAUUUGUUUUAGUGUAAUCUUAUAACACAAUAUAUUAGAUAAAUUUGACUAUAUUCAAGAUAUUUUCACCUGAUGUCAUUUUUUUGCAUUGAAAUAAUUUGUGGUUUUCAUUUAAUAUUACUAAUAUUGCAAAAGAUGAUUAUCCCCAGACAUUAUUGACCUUCUGUUCUGUUCCUGAGCACUGAUGCUGGACACUAUGGACCGUAAAACCCUGGUAUUCUAGGUUUUUCAUAAAAAAAAAAAAAACUAUAUAAACUGAAACACAGGUAUAUCAUCAAAUGUCCAGCUUCAGUGCAUAUAACGUCUAAAGCCGAGCUUUCCAUCUCACCUAUAUUGUGUACAGUCGUCCUGAAGCAUGGUAGAGAGUCUUUGUGUAGCUAGUUUGAUGUUAUACAUCACUGCACGGAUUAAAUGGGUUUUCAAUGUAGAGUUUAUCAUCCAGCAAUCCACUGCCUCCCUCUGAGUGUAUACCCACUGUGAUCUACUCAAUGGGCACGAAGAAGAAAAAAAAAACUGUUGCACUUUUUAGACCCUUCUUUUGUUGUUUUUAUCUGUCAUUGUAUGUUUGUUUGAAGAGUUUAUAUGAUGAGCAAAUACAUUUCGUGAGAUUUAUUUGGCUUUAAAUGCCUCCAGUUUCUGUAGACAGCAGACUGAGUGUUGUACAGGAAGAGAUGGUUAAUAGAAGAGAGGUAUGAAUUAUACUCCAUGGUACAGUAUGUGUAAUAAUAGGUAGUUACUCCCAGUACAAGAUGUUAUCCUCCUGUCUUAUUAUGCGUUAUGUCUAUGUCCAUUCAGAUGAUUUAUAUUUCAAUAAAUGAGAUUUAAUAAUGUGA